GUCCAGUUAACGUUGGGCUAGUUGGGAGGUACACCGAACUGUUCAAUGCGUACGCUAGCGUCAAACGGAUCCAUAAUGGACCUGGACUCGGAGUUGGUGAAAAUUAAAGCACACUACUGUGGGGACAUGCUGAUCACAGACUUGGCAGCCACGGUAACCUUUGUGGAGUUGUGCGAGGAGGUGAGAACAAUGUGCAGCGUUUCCAAGCAGCAGCCCAUCACACUCAAGUGGAUCGAUGAUGAAGGGGACCCUUGUACCAUUUCAUCUCAAAUGGAGCUGGAAGAGGCAUUUCGUAUUUACAAUCGCAGCAAGAGGUCUGGACUGCUGCUGCAUGUGUUCCCCAGUACCCCAGAGCGGCCAGGCAUGCCCUGCCCAGGAGAGGACAAAUCGAUCUAUCGCCGUGGGGCCAGAAGAUGGAGGAAACUCUACCGAGUCAACGGACACCUCUUCCAGGCCAAGCGCUUUAACAGGAAAGCCGACUGUGGCCACUGUAGUGAAAGGAUAUGGGGGCUGGGCAGGCAGGGCUACAAGUGUAUCAACUGCAAACUGCUGGUCCAUAAGCGCUGUCACAAACUCAUCCCUCAGACCUGCCAAAGGCUUAUGGAUCCAGUCAUGCCAUCACAGGAGCCCCCUUCAGAUGCCAAGAGUGAAGAGGUGGACCUUCCACCAGAUGACAAAGAGGACACAGACGGGAUAUCUUUUUUACCGCACAACUGUACAGUGGCUAAAACAGAAGAUGCAGAUACAGAGGACAUCAAAGCAGUAGUGGAUGGGAUUGAUGGCAUUAAGCUGUCCCAGGGCCUGGCUCUUGGACUGGGUGACUUUGAUCUGAUCCGAGUGAUCGGGCGUGGCAGCUACGCCAAGGUCCUGCUGGUUCGGCUAAAGAAGAACGAGCAGGUGUAUGCCAUGAAGGUGGUGAAAAAGGAGCUGGUCCAUGAUGAUGAGGAUAUUGACUGGGUGCAGACAGAGAAGCAUGUGUUUGAGCAGGCGUCCACCAAUCCAUUCUUAGUAGGUCUCCACUCCUGUUUCCAGACAGAAAGUCGGUUAUUUUUGGUGAUUGAAUAUGUGAACGGCGGGGACUUGAUGUUUCAUAUGCAACGACAAAGGAAGCUCCCUGAAGAACAUGCAAGAUUUUAUGCUGCUGAAAUCUGUAUUGCUCUGAACUUCCUGCAUGAAAAGGGCAUCAUAUACCGCGAUCUGAAGCUGGACAACGUCCUAUUGGACUAUGAAGGACACAUCAAGCUCACAGACUAUGGCAUGUGCAAGGAGGGAAUCAGACCAGGUGACACCACUAGUACCUUCUGUGGAACACCCAACUACAUUGCACCUGAGAUCCUUAGAGGAGAGGACUAUGGUUUCAGUGUGGACUGGUGGGCUCUGGGUGUGCUGAUGUUUGAGAUGAUGGCUGGGAGGUCCCCAUUUGACAUUAUCACCGACAAUCCUGACAUGAACACAGAGGAGUACCUCUUUCAAGUUAUUCUUGAGAAGCCCAUUCGCAUCCCAAGGUCUCUGUCGGUGAAAGCUGCCAGUGUGCUCAAGGGCUUUCUAAACAAGGAUCCUAAGGAGCGGCUGGGUUGCCAGGUCCAGACGGGCUUCACAGAUAUCAAGUCACACACAUUUUUCCGCAGUAUAGACUGGGACCAGCUGGAGAAGAAAGAAGUGACGCCACCCUUCAAACCUCAAAUCUCUGAUGACUAUGGCCUCGAAAACUUUGACACACAGUUUACUAAUGAACCAGUGCAGCUAACACCAGAUGAUGAGGACGUCAUAAAGAGAAUAGACCAGUCAGAGUUUGAGGGAUUUGAAUACAUUAACCCCCUGCUGCUAUCCACAGAAGAGUCUGUAUGAAGGAGAGACCAGCUUCCUCCUUCGCCCACCUACUGUUUGUCCAAGCUGCCAUCUCAGCCAAAAACCACUCGCAAGCCAACUCUGAGAGGCGAGGAGGAGGAGGAGGAAGAGUAAAGGACAACAGGGAGGAUGAACUCACCCUCUGGACCUGUCAACAAGUCAAAGCAAACAGGAGAAUGGGAGACUUUCCUUCCUGGACCAUUCAGAUUGUUUUGUUGGGGGUCACCAAACUCUUUCUUGGUAUCUACAAGGAAAACAAAGACACUGGACUUCAAGAACAUUCCCUGUCGUUACGUUGUCUCUUUUUCUUUUCUUUUCCUCCUUUAGCUUCAUUCCUUUCUCCCCUCAGAAUGUCUUUCCUUGUGUCAAAGCUUUGUACUUCGAGCAGAGAGCUGUUUCAUUCUGUGCCUGCCAUCAUGAACACAUUUCAACCCGUCUCACGUCCCUGGAUGAAUAUGACAGUUCUGCUGAAGAACUUGAAAUUUUCUGUGCACUUUGUUUUGUUUUUUUGUUCAUUUCUUUUUUUUUUCUUGGGGGGAGGGGGUGGACGCCUCACACGAAACAAGAAUGUACAACGACAAAGGAAAAAAAUAAGUUAUUAUUGUGUAUUAUAAUGUAGGUAGUGAAUCCAAAAUUGAUGAUGCCUUUUUAUUGAUGGAAGUGGCACAUUUUCACCCGCAACCACAAAUCUUUCUUUUUGUUAUGACUUUCACAAACAAUGGGGGGAAAACUAACUGGGUGAUGACUUUUUAUUUAAGAAGUGCCUCAAAGAUUGUAUUAAUUACUAUGUCUCUGAUUGCACUUAUCUCUUAUUGAACAUUUCUUCACCCAUCAUGACCAAUUGAACCCACGACUAGACUCUGCCAGGGUUGGUCCAAAUCAUUCAAAUUUUUAGGGGAAUCAAUAUUUUUGGAGUACAGAAGCUCGCUUCAGUCCUGACACAUGACUGAAUCUUUUUAUUUUAAUGAAUCAAUUCAGAGAAUCAGUGUAGAAUGGAGAAUGUAUGUCUGCUCUAUAGAUUCACAGGAGUAGCAUCUAAGCAGACAUCAGAAAUGACUACAAUUGGUGGCUGUAAGACACAAAAGGCUCAAGGGUAAAGCUCGGUGUGUAGAUGUUUAAUAGUGAAGAUUGUGUCCUUACCAACAGUUUUCCUAAUGCCAAAUUAUCAUUGAGAAAUGUCACAGAUGGGUGUCGUGCAGCAGACAGCAUCUAUACAGUCCUGUAUUUGCGAUGAAAAUACUUGUUGGCGAGCUCAGAUUCUUCCACACCAGCUGCCACUGCGUGACCAUCUGCAGCCGGUCGAAAAGAUCAUGGUUGUGCUGUCUUGUGGAAACGUGUCUCCUUUUCCAUUUUGGGCUCUUUGUGCGUUCCCAUCUCCAUACUAAGGCUGGCUUUACAUGGUGCAACUGAACUUGUUAGAUUGUUCUUUUGGUUAUAAAAAUCCACAUGAAAUGACAACAACAAUCUGUUUUGCACUCAAAAAUCAUGUUUAAUUGAUAUUCAGAUUUAUUGUGAAUCGUAUUUCUAAAAAGAAUAAAAGAAGGUCUUCAGGGAUCCAUCAUAGGUGCUCCUCUAGCCUCCAAGGGUGGGUGGGCAGGCAGGUGUACCUGUGCAACUCUGCAGGACCGACAGCAGCUGGUUAGCAGGGGUGUUUUAUGAUGAGGACCACGCCAUUUAGCAUCAAGUUACCAGAAGAUGUCAAAUAUAAAAAGUCUCGUUAGGGUUGUUUGCUUCCAGCAGAGACCUGUGAGUGACAGAGCUUCACUUCAGUCAUGUGUUCUGUUUCUUUACUUUUGCACAUGGAGAGUACUAUCAUGCUUCUCUACUUAUUUUAAUGCUGGUAUUUUAAACAUUUGUUUGUUAUUUUCUGUCUGUCCUAUUCAACUAAAUAUUUCAUUCGACUUAAAGUGUGUCACGUGGACAGGUCAUCUUGUUGGAGAUUCAUUCAAAUCCCAGCCAAGUGUUGUUGAAAGCUUUCACACUUCACCAGAUGUAUUGACAUAGCCAGGUAAAUGGCUGCAAUAACACUGCCAUGUUAUACUCUCUCGUCCUUGUGGCCAUAUGACAUAAAUUUCAUACCUAUGCCAUGUCUUAACGGACCGUGCUCACAGGGUUUUGGAUGUGUACAGUCCACAUGGUCAUACAUUUUAGACUGUACAUGCCAAGAAACAUCUGUGUAUGCAGACACCCAGGGUAGUUUAAACAGAAGUGCAUGUGCAUCUGUUGUCCCUCUUUGGACUGUGUCUGUCCCCUUAGCAUCAGGAACAGAGCCGGUUUAACAAGCUCAGUACUGACUAUUGAAAACUGUCAAAUAUCAAGAGUUGGCAUCAAAUGCUUGAUCUGAUUCUUCAUCUUUUUCAUUAUGUUUUAUGCGGUCACAUGUCUUGAUCUGAAUCAGGAUAUUUUAUGUAGACUUUUACUGUUUUCUUAUGUAACACACUGAUGCAUUGAACAGUUUUAAAUGCAAACAAAACAAAUUCAUAUUCUCCAUGCUAGGCUGAAAGUAUUUUGUUGGUACAGGUAUUAGCAUCAGUAUUGAGCGGUUUAAGUUAAUACUCAGCCCUAAUCAAGAAUUGGAUUUGUGUCAUAAACAACAAAGGAAAAGUUAAAAAAAAGAAGCACAUUACAGACAACAGCAGGUAUAAUACAAAUACAAAUAUGUAUACAAAUACAAAUUCAACUUAGGAAUAGCAAAUACUCUCUUCAGUUACAGUUUUUUUGUUUUGUUUUGUUUUGUUAAAUCAGUGCUUCAAACUCUCCCAGGGAGGCAAACUCAUAAAGCUGUAGCGUGUUCUGAAGGUUAUUCCAUGAUCAGGGUGCAGAACAGGAUAAAGGUGCUCUGCAGCGUGAGCGAGUCCAGGUAGAGGAGUGAAAAUGAUAACUUCUGCCGGUGAGUGACAGGCAAUUACACAGAUAUGAUGGGAGUUUACCCAGCGUGGCUUUGUAAAUAAAAUGUGCUGAUGCUGCUGUCUCUCCUAAUGAAACCCAGGAAACCAGAUCAUAAAGUACACAGUGAUGUGUACGGGACAACGAGUUGCAUAUACAACAUAGAGAACUGUGAUACAGAGUCUUGGCAGCGAAGUGUAGAAGAGAUAGUGUUCAUGUAAAUAAUGUCCCCACAGUGCAGAACGCAUAACAACACAGCCUGUACAAGUGCUUUUUUGAACUGCUAAAUUAAAGCAGGUGCUAUUUCGAUAAGAAAAACAUCAGCUUCUGCACUAGGUUCUUAAUAUGCAUUUGGUUUUCCUAGCAUUGAGAACCAACUUUAAAGCAAACAAAGCCCUCAACAGCUGACUUAGCCUCAGUCAGAGAAGAGGCAAUGAGUAGAACAUAGUAUCAUCUGCAUAAAGAUGCACUUUAGCAGUUGGCAUGGCCUUCCCAGGGUUAUUUCUGAAAAUUGAGAGGGUCCCAAGGAGAGUCAGUACAGGAUGGAGGUGUCACAAAACAGGAAUAGGAGCUCCCAGACCCUGCUGCAUAUGUGUGCACAGACACAGCUGAUAUGAAAUGCUUAAUGAAAUGCUUUUAAUUGCUUUGCUCUUAAAAUCAGUCGAGUCAAAUUAAACGCAUUCAGGAAAGGCUGUACUGGGAUUGGAACGUGACAAUGAUUUUACUGGUUUCCAAAUUUUAGUGGGAUGGUUGAGAGUUUUCUAAAAAGAGAUUAAGUAAUACUCUGACGUGGAUAUCCUAGUCUGGAUUGUGCAUUAAUUUUAGGUCUAGAUAGUGGCUCUAGCCUCAGCCCAGGAGCCGUUCCUUUCCCUGAUCAGGUCCGACAGCUUCUCCAUGAACCAAGGGUUGUCCUGUCCAGAAAUCCUGAAUUUCUGUAUAGGGGCAUGCUUAUUGCAAAUGAAUAUUGAAGAGAUAAGAAAAUAUUCCCAUGCACACUCAACAUCAUGGAUUAAACUGACUCUGCCAAUGUCACUAUUGUGCAAGUCAUGCAGAAAUUCUUCCAAUUUAGAAUACAUUUUAAAAACAUAACGAGGUCUGAACUUAAAUCUUGAGCCUUUCACACAGGCGACGGCACAAUGAUCGCCACCAUCAUUACAGAAUAGUGUAGCUGAAGUAAACUUGCUUGUUUGUGAGAAUGAGAUCCAGGAAUGCAGAGUUGCAUAGAUCUUUUGGGUUGGGCCAAGUAGAAGCAUUUAAUAAAUUGUGCGAGGUUAAAGAAAUCACACACUGCAAUCGGAGGUAGAAUAAAGCCAAUCCCAAUUUAGAUUGCCUAUACGAAUGAAUUCGGAGUCAUCCAAACUGCGCAGGCAUCAGAAGGAGAAGAGAUGGCUUCUUUUGUGGCCAAUGGUGGUCUGUAACAGCGAACACCAGGGAAGUGGCUGUGGUUAAAGACUGUGACCUGGGCACGAAUGUUCUGGAUGAGUUUGUAACCUGCCGCUGACAGUGCUACAGUUGCUCAGUGUAAAGCCAGCCGGACACGAAGUGGUCAGCUCUCUAACAUCAGUGGUCUGGAGGCUCAGCUUGCAUUUCUGCACUGUUAUGAUCCAUUUUUUCACACUAAUCUUCGUUUCCCCAGCUGAUGGUGCAGUGUGUACAAAAACAACAAGAAGCCAGGAUUUACUUUAUACUGUGAAGAUUGAGGCUGCUUCUGGUUCAUAUAAGUUUAACUUCAUACACUGCCACCUUUAUACACAGCAAGCAACAUUUUUGUAACCCAAUUUAGGAGCCUUGUGCUAUUAAAAGGCUGGGAUAACAUGAAGCGCAUGCACAACACAUCUGUUAAUAUCAACUAGGAGCACAGGUUAAAAUCACCAACAGAAAGAAGUCCUCGCCUCUGAAAUGAGCUUUGUGUCUCAGUGCUUCUGAGGAGCUCUCCAUUGGCUGAGAUUUAUAUGAUGAAAUCUGACCCAUGCUAAUUUAAUAACCACAUAAUAGGAUUAAUUAGCUGAUCCUGAGUCAAAGGGUCUCAAUUAGCUGUAGGGUCUUUACAGGCAGGGAAGAACCAGAGAGGAGAGAUAAUGAAGCAGUUCCACGGUCACCAAUUAGUCCACACACGCCACACACACACACACACAGACACACCAAGACAUCACAGAAAUCACUUCCUCCUCCUGAACUCCACCUCAUUUGCUCCAUCUUAUUUACGUUGCAUUUUGUUGAUCUCCUUGCACACCAGGCUUUCUUUAGGGACCAAUGGAUAAACGAAGAGUCCUUGAAGCAACAUUUCAGAACAGCGAAGGCCAUUCAAACAUGUAAAAGAAAGAGAAUCUUGAGCUAAAAUGAAUGAAUUUAGUCCACAUUUCUUUUCUAGCAUAAUGCUGGUUGGAUAAUGCUUAGUUUUGCUUCAUGG